AAAUAAACCAAAAAAAAAAAACUAAAAACUAAAAAAAAAAAAAAUACAAAAAAAAGCUGAGUAAGAGAAGAAUGUGCAAUCGAACACGUUGGGGGCGCAUCGAUCCCAGUGUUCAGAUCGAUCUGGUGCAUGGCCCCACUGAUCGUGUGCUCCAGCUGGACCAUCGAACGUUGCCGGGCUAUGUGGAGCAGCAGCUGCUGUUGAUGGCAUCGCCAUUGCCGUUUCUCAAUUUCCUGAACAAGUUUCGCCUGGACGAGAUUCUGAUUAACCAUCAGCUGAAGGGCGUCUACACAAUGCGCACCGCGGCAACGGUCACCGAGGUGGCAACGCAUGCCUGGCGCAUCAUGAGCACGGCUGAUCGCCAGCCGUACAUUCAGCUGGCCCGCAAGGCGGAGCAGAUACAGCAGUCGCGCGUCCUCCACUUUUUGGGCAAAGAUUGCCGACGACGCAUGAAGCCAUAGUUGCAAUGUUUUUCCAUGUCCCAGCGUAAUACGUUCGAUAUGUUUCUCUCUUGAUAAAAAGAAAAGAAA